UUUUUUCUCCUCAGUUGAGAAAGAGAGGCCGGCUCAAACUGAGCAGGACUCGUGUGGGCUGCAUUGACUCAACUAAAAAAAGGACAGAACACCGAGCAUUAACCCGCUUUUACGCACAAAGUCGAUCCAGACGCGGGUGAAAGAGAAGAUAAUGUGAAGACCUGCAGUUGCCACAGUGCUGGACUCAGUCAACUGUAACCGGGAAAGAUGGCGAGGACUCGGACUCGCAUGGUCCUCGCCUUACUGGCUUUGCUGGGAAUUUUCUCUCUCCAUGUCUCGGUGAGAGGGGAGCUGCGGGGAGAGCAACAGGCGGAGAAGGAGGAGGAGGAGGAGGAGAGGUCCUGUCAAGGAGCCUUCGACCUUUAUUUUGUCCUGGACAAAUCUGGAAGUGUUAAGCAUCACUGGCUGGAGAUUUAUACCUUUGUGAAGCAGUUGGCAGAGAAGUUUAUCAGCCCAAUGCUGAGAAUGUCCUUCAUCGUCUUCUCCACACAAGGAAAGAUCAUCAUGAAACUGACUGAGGACAGGGAGACCAUUACUGGAGGCUUGAGGGCUCUGAAAGGUGUUGUCCCCGGAGGAGACACAUUUAUGAACUUGGGCUUGGAGAUGGCAAAUACACAGAUUGAUCAAGAGAAGUAUGGAACUGCCAGUGUUAUCAUCGCUCUCACUGAUGGAGAACUCAAUGAGUGGCAGUUUGACACAGCUCAGCGAGAGGCACAGAGGGCCAGGUCCAUGGGGGCAACUGUUUAUUGUGUCGGGGUCAAAGAGUUCAACCAGACCCAGCUCGCAACCAUUGCAGACACAGUGGAACAUGUGUUUCCUGUGUGGGGAGGCUUCCAGGCCCUCAGGGGAAUCAUUGACUCGAUCAUCAAGAAGUCCUGUAUUGAAAUUCUAGCAGCAGAGCCGUCCAGUGUGUGUGCAGGAGAGACGUUCCAGGUGGUGGUGAGGGGCAACGGAUUUCUCCACGCCAGAAACACUGAUCAGGUUCUCUGCAGCUUCAAACUGAAUGACACACACAGUGUGGAUGAGAGACCAGCUGGAAUAGAGGACACCUUCCUGCUCUGUCCUGCUCCUGUUGUAGAGGAGGUUGGGAGGGUGAUCUACCUGCAAGUGAGCAUGAACGAGGGCCUUUCCUACAUCACCAGCUCCGUUCAUAUCACAACUACUGAAUGUUUUGACGGCACCAUCGUGCUGAUAUCGUUGCUGGUGGUCUUCCUGCUGUUGGCUGUGCUGAUGAUGUGGUGGUUCUGGCCUCUUUGCUGCACACUGGUAAUCAAAGAGCACCCACCGCCUCCACCUCCAGAGCCAGAGUCGGACGAUGAAGAUGGAAUGCCGAAAAAGAGGUGGCCCACGGUGGAUGCCUCGUACUAUGGUGGAAGAGGAGUGGGGGGUAUCAAACGCAUGGAGGUGCGUUGGGGGGAGAAGGGCUCCACUGAGGAAGGUGCAAAGCUGGACAAACCCAAAAAUGCUGUGGUGAAGAUGCCUGAGCAGGAAUUUGAACCUUAUGAGCCCAAACCUCGAAAACCACCUCGUCGUGCCACACAGCAGAGGAGAUGGUACACACCCAUCCAGGGAAAGCUUGAUGCUCUGUGGGCUCUGUUCAGACGAGGUUACGACCAGGUUUCUCUGAUGAGACCACAGCCUGGAGACCAGGGUCGCUGUAUUAAUUUCCAGCGGGUCAAAAACGGGGAGUGCACCCCAAACAACCAGGCUGCUCCUCGUGCACAUCACUCUCCCUCUCCUCCUCCUCCUCCUCCUCCUCCUCCCACUGAGCCUGCCGAACAGCGACCUCUGGUCUCCAAUUCCGUUCCCCGUACAAAGCCUCCGUCAAGAGGGCCCCGCACCACGCCACCCUCCCGCGUACCCCCUCCCAACCUGCAGUCGCCUCCAUGUCCACCCCCAAGUCGUGCCCCGCCGGGGCCUCCGGGACCUCCACCAUCACGACCCCCACCCAGGCUCUGAUGACCACAAUUUGGCCGCCAAUAAAACAACUCACACAUCAUCUUGUUUUAUAUGUAAAUAUAACAAAAAUCAUGUCUUUUUUUUAACCCCAAAGACUCAGAGGCAGCAGAGAGGGACAAAAUCUUAUCGGCCACAAGCUCUCAUUUGCAGCUCAGUGGUUUGUUGCUGGACAGCAAAAAUAUUUAUCUGAAUAUAAAAAAAUCAGCUACUGACUUUCAUUCAGAUUAACUUUUUUUUUUUUUACUAAAUAAAACCAUAAGCGUUAUAGAAAAAAAAAGGCAUGUAGUCACUCGUUUAAGCCUGUGUGUACAGAAGUCAUGUUGAUUGAAGUGGUAAGAGUAAGUGCAAUUCUUUUUGGAAAUCCAGCAGAAAGGAUUUGUGUGAUGUAAGUUUACAUGAUAUGAGUGGAUGGUGGUGGUGAUAAAUAAGAAGUGGCCAGAAACCUAGCAAGUAGUGAAAGACGAUUGUAAUGUAGGUCUUGUUUUUUCUUUUAAAAUACUAUCACACAGAUGCAUUUUAGGUUUAGCACGAUCCUUCCAACCAAAAAAAACUUUGUUUUUCAACAUCCUGGUUAAAAAUUUAGAGUAAAAGUUUAAAAAAAUUGAUCUAAUAGCAACUGCGGGGCAGUUUGACCUUAUUGUAUUUAUUUCAACUCAAGCCCUGUCUGCAUCUGUUCUCUAUUUAGUGUGAGGUGGAUUUGUGGGUCUUUAAGUCUUUAAAGGAGGUCGAUGUUUAGAUGGAUUCACAGAAGAAUUUUGCGAGGUUAUUGCAUUGAAAACGAGUAUCUUCAGGGUUCUCCUCUGUUCUUCAUUUACUGACUGAAAUGAUCAUUUGCAUUGUUUCUUUAUUAACACCUUUCUGUGAGUGUUUCUAAUAAAAAAAAUACUUUUUUUA